UCUAACUUCUAUGGUUAGUUGUCAACCAAAAAAUACAAAUGGUGACGCAUUUUAAAAAUGCAAAUAUUUUCAAAAUAAUGUGAAACUUUUAAAGUUAACAACAGAAAUAGAAAUGGAAUACCGUUCGCCUUUGGAUAAUGUUUUUAAUUUUAUAAGCGGCCUUCCACAGGGGCACGACAAACCAGUAAAGCACGCUCUGUAUAAUGCUAUUGCACUAUUUGCCCUGGUUCUGUGUUGUGCUGCGAGCUAUGCUUUGUACGUUAUUUUGGGGCCCUUUAUUAAACCAUUGAUGUGGGCAUUGCUAGUCGGCUCUGUACUUCAUCCGUUCAAACGUUCAUUGGCGAAAAAGUUUAAAUCGUGGUUCGAUACAAUGGAGGAAACUGGGACUCCGAUUUUCAUUGAAAUCUUUGUCAUACCUGUGAAUAUUAUUAGCAGCUUGUCAGAUUUCAUAGGUGAUAAGCUACUGAAGUACAUUAAAUUAAUUGUUGCGAUUUGUGUUGUUAUACCGUUGUUACAUGUUGUUUAUUAUUAUACGCCAAAGAUAUGCAUUAGAAUUGUUUGGUGUUUGCUCACUUAUACUCAUACUUUAAUGGCAUUUGUGAUAAAUUAUUCCACAGCAGCAAACAUUACAUUGGUUGUCAUCGCUUAUAUUACUGUUAUGUUUUUUUUAUGGAACCCAAAGAACAACAUCAAGUUUCAUAUUGCUGCAAUCGGGAUUUGGUUAUUGUUAUCGUGUUUUUUAGUCCACCAAUUUGGUGCUUUGCAAACGCCAGUGUUUAUUGUUAUGCAAAUAGUAUUUCUAGCUGGAUUUGUGUAUGAGGUAUAUGAAAUUCAAUUGCAAAUUUUAGCUGAAGGUCACCAGAUUUCCAUGGUGGAGGCAGUAGUAAUUGCUUUUAAUCCUGAAAUGAAGUCAAAACUGUUGGGUGAUGGGGAUAACAUGCAACAGUCUGACCAGGAAGAGAAGCAAGAAGCUGUGUUUGAUACUGAUAAAAAAACUGCAGAAACACCAAAUGCAACUGUAUUUUCAAGUUCGAAGGAAAAAGAUCCUUGGUCUCUUGAACUAUUUGAAAAUAAAACCGCAGAGUUGCAAGAUAAAACUGGGAAACAAAGUAUUGAAACAACCACCACCUCUGAGCAAUCAACACCGACUGUUAUCAAAGAUGUACUUGACAGGAAAGCGCCCAGUAGGAAUAAAUUAAAAUUUCAACGAUCACAAUCUCAACCACAUGUCUCAAAUUGGCAAUUGAGGUCAUGUUUAUUUCAUUUUAAAUCCCCAAAAAUUGAGGACUUGAACAGCGGGAAUAAAAAGAAAUCGGACUAUGGUAGUGAUUUUUAUUUAGGUACAUUAAUCUGGUGCUGCUUGACAAUGUUGUUUUGGAAAAAUUUGAUGAUGUUACCAAUUUUGGUUAUCCCAAUUCUAAUUUAUAUACUCAAACAUGUUGGGAUAUAUCUCGGAUUGUGGAGUUGGUUGUACAGUUAUUGGACUAACGUAAUGGAUUGUUGUGCGGCGUGGUGUUUGGAGAGGUAUGAUGCUCUGGUGCCGAUCCCAGUUAGAGGAUUACAUAAGUUUCUCGAUAUGCUUAAUAUGGGCGUUAAGAGAAAUCUCAGAAAAAGUAUCGAUACUGUUGCUAGUUGUGUCGUAAUUUUAGGUCUUUUGAUCUUUGCCCUUUGUGCCUCAGUUUUUAUAGCGAUACAGAUAUAUGCUGAAGCUAUUAUGCUAGUGCAAAUGACUGGCAAUUGGAUAAAUCAAAUAAUCGUUCAUAAUCCCGAGCUACGUCAAAUGCUGCCUCCUACUUUUGAUGAUACGGUAGAUUCAAUUUUAGAUAAUGCGUAUCAAUAUGGUCGUGAAGGGAUAUCGAAAGUUGUGCGUAGUAUGGUUAAUGAUGUGGAUGACGCUAAAUCUGCUAAGUUGGAAAAGCAAGUUUUGGAACUAUGGGAUCGUUUGUAUCAAACCUGGAUGUCUUCUGAUAAUGUACAUGGUCCACAAGUGACGUCUACGGCAAUUCAAUAUUCGUGGAAUGCAUUUGUUGACGAUAUUCAGAAAUCUCCAGAAAUGUUUAAUGUACAAGGAAUAUCAGAAUUUGUGAAACAAAACAUAGGAACCUUUAUGUCUCUAUUGGAUUCGAUUUGGGGCAUAUUGAAGGGUAACAUAAGUUUGGUGUUGGGCUCAUUUAGUGCAUUUAUGUCUGUACUGCUUGGGGGAGGCACUGCUGUACUUAACUUUUUCUUAAAUGUGAUCGUCUUUUUAACAACACUCUUUUAUCUUCUUAGUGCAAGCGGAGACUUAUACAAACCUGUAGAGCUACUGACAAACUUCUCCACUAGUGGAAGUCGUUUUGGCUUAGCACUAGAAGGUGCUGUAAAUGGAGUAUUUACUGCAUCUUUUAAAAUGGCGGCGUUUUAUGGGCUUUGGACAUGGUUCAUACAUAAUUGUUUUAACGUCAAGAUCGUGUACUUACCAUCAGCGCUCGCCACAAUACUGGGAGCUGUUCCGUUUUUGGGCACGUAUUGGGCAUGUCUACCUGCCGUUUUAGACUUAUGGCUAGCGCAAGAGAAAAGUUUACAAGCCAUUCUGUGCGCCGUUUUCCAAGUUUUGCCAAUGACAGUCGUCGAUGCGACCAUCUACAAUGAAAUUCAAGGGGGCGGCCAUCCGUAUUUAACUGGUCUUGCAAUUGCUGGCGGAAUCUUCUGUUUAGGAGUGGAGGGGGCAAUUAUUGGACCGUUGCUUUUAUGCGGUUUGUAUGUUGCGAUUGCACUGUCGUCUAGUUUCUUUAAGGAAUCGCCGUCUGAAGAAAAUCUUAAUGUUCCUACCUUGUCAAGGUAAAUUCUAAUUGGGAGAUACAAUAUGGGGGCACAAAACGCGGGUUUUAACACUUUCAGAUUAGAAAUACCUAACUUCAGGAAACAUUUAAAUAUUGCAAGUCUUAGUAAUGCUUAUGCUUAAUGCACUGUUAACUUUAUUUUGGACCAAGUUUAUUGAGUUGUGUUGUUGCAUAUUUAUAUUUUUAUAUAUUUA